CGCAGGCUGUGACCCCACCAGGUCUGCGGCCAGUGGCCUGAGGGGCAUCCCGGCUUUUUCGCGGCGAGAGGCGGAGCAGGAGCCUGGGGACUGGGCUCCAGGUGGGCUCUAGGGAGGAUGAAGCAGGCCCUGGUGGACGACACUGAGGAUGUGUCCUUGGACUUUGGCAACGAAGAGGAGUUGGCCUUUCGGAAAGCCAAGAUCAGGCACCCCUUGGCCACCUUCUUCCACCUGUUCUUCCGAGUGAGCGCCAUCGUCACUUACGUGGGCUGCGACUGGUUCAGCAGAAGCUUUGUGGGCUGCUUCGUCACCGUGCUCCUCCUUCUGUCCUUCGACUUCUGGUCUGUGAAGAAUGUAACUGGGAGGCUCAUGGUGGGCCUCCGCUGGUGGAACCAGGUCGAUGAAGAUGGGAAAAGCCACUGGAUUUUUGAAGCCAGAAAGGUCUCUCCGAACAGCAUCGCCGCCACCGAAGCAGAAGCCCGGAUCUUCUGGCUCGGCCUCAUUAUCUGCCCGAUCAUUUGGAUUGUGUUCUUCUUCAGCACCUUGUUUUCCUUGAAGCUAAAGUGGCUGGUGUUCAGUUGUGCAGCCAUCACCACAAUCACUUUCCGGAUUUUCACCGCCCGCAAAGACACCCUGUAGCCUUCAGCCAUCACUACCUCCCCAGUGCCCCUGUUCACCCAGCCCGACACCCACUCAUCUUUGUUUCUAUAGGUUUGUCUAUUCUGAACAUUUCCUAUAAGUGGAAUCAUACAAUAUGUGGUCUUUUGUGACUGGCUUCUUUCAUGUAACGUAGCAUUUUCAAGGUUCAUCCAUGCUAUAGCAUGUAUCAAGACAUCUUUCCUUUUCAGGCUGAAUAUUCCAUUGUAUGGAUAGGCCACCUUUUAUUUAUCCCUCCAUCCAUUGAUGGCCAUUUUGGUUGUCUCCACCUUUGGUGUAUGAAUAAUGCUGCUAAGAGAGGAGUUAUAGAAAACACCUAUGACAUCCUACCUUGGACAGGGAACCCUUCCUAGGUAGGAAUAAGCUAGCCUCAGAGUUCUGAAGUUUUAUUUCAGAGCUACUGUAUUUUGUUGCCAUGACCUGUUUCGUUCGCUGAGAAAACAAAAUAUCCAUAGACAAUAUAAGCAGCAGCGUGAUUAGAGGUGUGGACUCUGGAGUUUGGGUGCUGGUUUGGCCUUGCAUCAGCUCCUGGACUUUGGGCAACUUUCGUGUCUCUGGGAUGAUAAUGGCACCGACUUCUCAGGUUGGUGAUUAAAAGGUGUCCAGGAGUCUUGUAGGUGCUCAGUCAAGGUUGGCUGCUACGUCAGGUGCAGGCCAGAGCCACCGCCACUGGGUGUGGGAGGAACAUUUCCAUCUAAGCUCAGGAGACUGACGUUUGCUUUGUCUGA